AUGUUGCAAAAUCAUGUGGCUUCCAUGAAGAAUCUAGAGACACAAAUUAGACCGCUUACCAAUGUUAUUGCGGGUCAAACUCAAGGGUCAUUACCAAGUAACUCAAAGACUAAUCUCAAGGAGUAUGUCAAGGCCAUUACACUCAAAAAUGGAAAGGUGUUGGAGGAGCCAAAGCAAAAGGUAAAAACUGAUAAGGUAAUUCAAUCAAACCCAGUUAAGAUUAACAUUCCAUUUGUUGAGGCUUUGAUGCAAAUGCCACAAAAUGCAAAAUUUCUUAACAAUAUCCUUUCUAAUAAGAGAAAGAUUGAGGAAUAUGGCACAGUAAUGCUCACUGAAGAGAGACUCAACCUUGGGGAGAUGAAAGAGACACGCAUGGUUUUGCAAUUUGCAGAUAGAUCAACUAAAAGACCUAUCAUUAAAGAUAUUUUGGUAAAAGUAGGAGAGUUUAUUUUCCCUGUAGAUUUUGUUAUACUUGAUAUGGAUGUUGAAUCUGAAUUAUCAUUGAUUCUAGGUAGACCAUUCUUAGCCACAUCUGGAUCAUUAAUAGAUGUAAAGAAUGGUAAAUUAACCCUUAGGUUCAAUAAGGAGAUAAUCUUUGAUAUCAAGAAGGCAAUGAAAACUCUUUCUAUUAUUUUGGAUGAUUUGUGUUGUGCAAUUGAUAUUAUUGAUGAGUUUAUAGAUGAACAACAACAGGCCAUUCUAACGGAGGAUAAUUUAGAGAGAUGUCUCAUGCUAUCAAGCACAACUAAAAAGGAGGAUACAAACUUGAGAAAGGAAGUGAUAGAGUUGGAAGGUGAAUCUCUAUUAGACAAUGUGCUAGGAACAAAGGAGGAGCCAUAA